AGCCAUACUCCUUUCUCCCCAGCCCAAAGAACCUUUCUCCGCCUAAUUCUCCUCUCUUUUCCCCCCCCUUCCUUUGGUCUAAAGCAACGGCCAUGGCGCCAAUCUGCCAGACCACAAGCAACGACAAAAGGUGUCGUCGUUGUAAAGAUAUCUAACGAGUCAAGCACUACCUCCAUUAAAAACUAAACCUUUUUGGCAACAGAGCUCGCUUCCCUCCCACCUCAAGACUUCUAUAUAGCUCAAGGCAAGGCGAUUCCUAACACUUCCCCUUCUCCUCCCAAACUCCAUCUCUGCAAGCAAAGAAAGGAAUUCAGAGCUUUACUGAAUAUAUUACCUCCUCUUCCUGCUCAUCUUCCUUCCCCUUCCUCCAUAUUCCCUCUCCUAGCUCUGUCUUCUUCAUGAUGGAAGCUCCAUUAUUUGUUUUCUUCAAACAAAUCACAAUUCCCUUUAUGUUUGUGUUCAUUCUUUUCUCUUCAGAAUUCGAAACGGUAGAGCAAGCCUCAGCCCUAGGCAUCAACUACGGCCAAAUCGCCAACAACCUGCCCUCCCCCGACCACGUCCUCCGCCUCCUCACCUCCCUCCACAUCACCAAAGCUCGAAUCUACGACGCCAACCCUAAAAUCCUAUCCGCCUUCGCAAACUCCACCAUCGAGCUCAUCGUCACCGUUCCCAACGAAGCCCUCCCCUGGCUCGCCAGCCCCACCCAAGCCGCCAAAUGGAUCGCCACCAACAUCACCCCAUUCAUCCCGAACACGAAGAUCACCGGCAUUGCCGUCGGGAACGAGGUCUUCACCUGCCAGGACAGCGCUUUGAUAGGCAGCGUGAUGUCCGCCAUGGUGGGGAUCCGGCGAGGUCUGGCGGAGCAGGGUCUGGACUCUGUUAUUCAUGUUUCCACGGCGAGUUCGCUGGCGGUGCUGGCUAAUUCUUACCCGCCGUCGAUGGGGUCGUUCCGGCCGGAGUUAGCGGAGGUGAUGGGGGAGUUUUUGAGGUUUUUGUCGGAGACGGGGUCGCCGUUUUGGAUCAACGCGUAUCCUUACUUCGCUUACAAGGGGGAUCCGGAGAGAGUUCCGCUGGAAUAUGUGUUGUUUGAGUCUGGGUCGGGUAUGUUGGAUCCCAACACAGGGCUGGAGUAUGACAACAUGUUAUAUGCCCAGGUGGAUGCUGUAAUUUUCGCCAUUGCAAGGUUCGGAUAUGGGGAUAUACAAGUAUCAGUGUCAGAAACCGGGUGGCCUUCAAAGGGAGACGAAGAUGAGAUGGGAGCAACUGUGGAGAACGCGAUGAUUUAUAACAGGAAUUUGGUGGCCAGGCAGCUGGAGAAUGAGGGUACGCCAGUGAGACCGACGCCGAGGCUUGAGGUCUAUCUCUUCGCUUUGUUCAACGAAGACUUGAAGCCAGGCCCGACCUCGGAGAGGAACUACGGGCUUUACCAACCCGACGGCACCAUGACCUACAACGUCGGACUUUCAGCAGCCACGUCGACGGCGUCGGUCUCCGCCAUUAAUUCAUCUGCUUCACGGCAGACAAGAGGGGUCAAAUUGAAACGUUUGUGGUACUGCAUUAUCGCAAUCUCAUUAACUUUUCAGAUUUCAAUGAGAUGAAUUCAUAUCAUAGGGAACAAGAUGAUCUCAUGAUCCAUUUUCUUUUCCUUUCCUUCUUUUCUUCCUUCUUUUUCUUCCUUCCUCCUCCGUCCCUCUGGAGAAAAUGGCAAGCCAUGAGGAAUCCCCUCCAUCCUUAGCUCCCAAGUAUCAUGGCUACUGUACAAAAUUCAGGCAAGUAAAGAACCUAUACUUUUCUCCCAGCUUCACUGUACACAUUUUCUAGCUGCCAUGUUAUAAGAAAAAAGAAAAGAACAUCUCCAGAUCCUGGAACUGAUGGUCCCUUCUUCACUG